AUGAAGCCAGAGAAGAAGCCCCCCGACUUGGUGGGAGGAGGCGGAGGCCACGCAGGAGCGGGCGGCGGAGGCGGGGGGCUGGACGGACCCCGGCUGGCCAUUCCAGGUAUAGAUGGAGGUGCCCUGGCUGAAGCUAGUCUUACAGAUUCCUACUUCAGCACAAGCUUCAUUGGAGUUAAUGGGUUUGGAAGUCCUGCCGAAACAAAGUAUCCUAUGAUGCAGCGGAUGACAAAUAGCAGCAGUUCCCCUAGCCUUCUCAAUGACAGUGCCAAGCCGUAUGCAGGCCAUGAUCCUCUUACUUCACCUGGUUCAUCCUUGUUUAACGAUUUUGCUGCCCUCAGCUUAUCUCAAAGGAGAAAACCAAGAAAGUAUCGACUGGGGAUGCUGGAGGAGAGGAUAGUUCCAGUGGGAUCAAAGGCACGAAAAUCAAAGAACACUAUUGGCUGCUUGGCUGACAGGUGUAAAACAGGAGUACCCAUCAAUAUGGUUUGGUGGAACAGAGUCACAGAAAACAAUUUACAGGCACCAAAUCCAACGGCAAGUGAGUUUAUUCCUAAAGGAGGCUCAACCUCCCGACUCAGUAAUAUGUCACAGUCAAAUAUGUCUGCCUUCUCCCAAGCCUUGUUCUCUCAUCCUUCCAUGGGAGGUCCUGCAAAUGCUGGGUUAGCACCAGGAAUGUCACUGUCAGCAGGAUCUUCUCCCCUUCAUUCCCCUAAAAUUACUCCUCACACGUCUCCUGCUCCUAGACGAAGAAGUCAUACACCAAACCCAGCAAAUUAUAUGGUGCCUACUAGUGCCUCUACACCAGUGACUAAUGCUGUCUCACAGCCCCCAGCUACUGGCCAGGUGAUUCAGAAGGAAACGGUGGGUGGCACAACCUAUUUCUAUACUGACACAACUCCAGCACCUCUAACUGGAAUGGUAUUCCCAAAUUACCACAUUUAUCCUCCUACUGCACCUCAUGUUGCUUACAUGCAGCCAAAAGCUAAUGCACCUUCCUUCUUUAUGGCAGAUGAACUCAGACAGGAGCUGAUUAACAGACACUUAAUUACAAUGGCUCAGAUAGAUCAAGCAGAUAUGCCUGCUGUUCCAACAGAAGUUGACAGCUACCACAGCCUUUUCCCUUUAGAACCACUGCCACCACCCAAUCGGAUACAGAAAACAAGCAACUUUGGGUACAUAACAUCAUGCUACAAAGCUGUAAAUAGCAAAGAUGAUCUGCCAUAUUGCCUUCGGAGGAUACAUGGUUUUCGUCUUGUUAACACAAAAUGCAUGGUGUUGGUUGACAUGUGGAAAAAAAUACAGCACUCAAAUAUCGUAACCUUGCGAGAAGUAUUCACCACUAAAGCAUUUGGGGAGCAUUCUCUUGUGUUUGCAUAUGACUUCCACGCUGGAGGAGAGACUAUGAUGAGCAGACAUUUCAACGAUCCUAGUGCUGAUGCCUAUUUCACAAAAAGGAAGUGGGGUCAGCAUGAUGGACCUCUGCCCCGGCAACAUGCAGGGUUGUUACCAGAAUCCCUGAUUUGGGCCUACAUAGUGCAGCUCAGCUCUGCACUGCGGACCAUUCAUACAGCAGGACUGGCCUGCAGAGUAAUGGACCCCACAAAGAUUCUGGUAACUGGCAAAACAAGGUUACGAGUGAACUGCGUUGGAGUCUUUGAUGUAUUAACAUUUGAUAACAGCCAAAACAAUCCCCUGGCCCUAAUGGCUCAAUAUCAGCAAGCAGACUUGAUCUCCCUUGGGAAGGUUGUGUUGGCUUUGGCUUGCAAUUCUUUGGCAGGAAUUCAGAGAGAGAAUUUGCAGAAAGCUAUGGAAUUGGUGACAAUCAACUAUUCCUCUGAUUUGAAGAAUCUUAUUUUGUAUUUACUGACUGACCAAAACAGGCUUCGAAGUGUAAAUGAUAUCAUGCCUAUGAUUGGUGCAAGAUUCUAUACUCAGUUGGAUGCUGCCCAGAUGAGGAAUGAUGUAAUAGAGGAAGACCUUGCAAAGGAGGUUCAGAAUGGAAGAUUAUUUCGGCUUCUUGCAAAAUUGGGAACAAUCAAUGAGAGGCCAGAAUUUCAGAAGGACCCAACGUGGUCAGAAACUGGAGACAGGUAUCUCCUAAAGCUCUUUAGGGAUCAUCUUUUCCAUCAGGUGACAGAAGCGGGUACUCCCUGGAUAGACCUCAGUCACAUUAUAUCUUGUCUUAACAAGCUAGAUGCUGGUGUGCCAGAAAAAAUAAGCCUCAUUUCCAGAGACGAGAAGAGUGUCCUUGUGGUGACGUAUAGCGACCUGAAGCGCUGCUUUGAAAAUACUUUCCAAGAACUGGUUGCAGCUGCAAAUGGCCAGUUGUAGUACUUGUUGAAAGCAUGCAGGACAUUGCUGAGGAGCGUAACCAAGAGCAAAUUGCACUACAGCUGAUUGUCGUCAUCUCAUUUCACAUUUCAGGAAACAAAACAGCGGGAAAUGUUGCACUUCAGUCAGGUACACUGUUACUUGAAGGGAAGAGUAAUUUUGCUUACCCUUGAGCUCUGGCUGCCAUUGGAGGCUUUAUCUGUGAAGAAUUUAUUUUAAAACAAGGAACACAUCAGGGGGAUGAUGUUCCUGCUUUUAUUUUUUUUUCCACUCGUAUAUGCACUAAUUUUUAUUUUUUAAAAGACUUCUUGAUCUCUGAAGUUUUGCCACAUUGGAUACUUAUUAAGGGAAUCUAUUUGCAAAGACAUUUCUGGGAUAUUCUUUUUUGUUUUUUGUUUGUUUCCUUUUUAUUAUUAUUAUUAUUAUUCACCACUGCAGAAUUUAUUCAUUUUUAUAUUAUUUGCACCCCAGAAAACAGAAAGGACCAGAUGAAUAAUUUCAUAAAAAUUGUGUUCUGUAAAUUACAGUGUAGCGUGUAACUUCUAUAAAACUGUGUCAUAUGCCACUCACUGUUAGGUUAAGAAAACAAACCAGAAGAUGUGUAUUUAAAAAUUGGGGUGGGGGUGGGGGUGGAAUCAAGUGUAAGAUAUAGAAAUGUCACAUGUAAAAUCCCCCUUUUAUUUGUUCAGAGCUUUGUUUAAACAAACUAGCAGCAUUUGAGAUCUAUAAUUUCAGGAGCAAAACCAAAUUGCUCUAAACAAAACCAGCGCCUUUUAAAUAAAGUACCUGUUUGUAUAUUUUCUUGCUAAUCAGAUGCAUUGACAUUUAUGCAAUUUUUAAUAGAAUUUUUAAAAACAAAUUGUGUUAUAGGCCUGAGGUUUCAGGAGUAUAUUCCUUUAAGUUACUUAUGGUAUCCUUUUUUUCUUUUUGUAUAAAGUUUUGUUCUUUGAACCACAGCUUUAUUAUGGUAAUUUACACUGGAUACAGAUACAGAGACACUGUUCAGAAGAUUAACUAUACACAGCAGUUGUCUGGCAUCAAGAGCUUUUGAAGUUUUAUAGCCUGAUUCUGGAGGAAUUGAUGGUCUGCUGUGCCUUUGCAGUUACUGCUUAGCCCAAAGUAAUGUUACUUUUGAUAAUAUCCAACAUGUGAAUAUUCCGUCAAGUCUGGACUUUCUCCCCGCAAGAAUCUUUCUGAACUGGACCCACACUUAUCUGCAAGCUUGGGUUUUCAAGGGAAUUUGUAGUACAACACAUUCACUUUGAUACUGAAGACUGCCAAAUAUGUAGGACUAUUUUUUUCUUUCUUAAAGCAGUAGUGAAGACUGUGUGUACCUACAUUCUUUUCCCAGCACUGAAUGUUUAAUAGCACUGGGUGCUCACCAUGAAGAAAAUAUGGAAAGUCUCUUCAAAAAGCGUCCGAACGGAAUGAAAGCACUUGCAACUGAUGUUAUCAGCACCAAUUUUAUUAAUUCUCAAUAUUUGUAAUUGCAGAUAAAUUUUUAAUAGUUUUCUCCAGUUUUAUAAGCUUUAAUGAUGACACUCCUACUUUUGAUUUGUCUCAAGAAAAGCAGUGCUCUUCUUAACAAAGGCUUUGAAAAGCUAGUGACUCCCUUGACACCUUUAAUGAGAAAUGCAGAGCCUGCAGUUGGUAGCAUCAGUUGACGAGCUUAAGUAAAUAAAAUAAAUUAUCAUUUAAUCUGGAAAACAGUUUUAAAUGGAGCGUAAUGUUUAAUAUUCAGACAAUAACAGUUGCCAUAAUAGUGUUCUUUUUAAUGCUAAGAGGAAAAGAGACUUUGCGAUACGAACAUGGCAAACCCGUCUUUUAUCAUUAGCUCAUGUAUUUGAGGAAGAGCAGCUGUCUUUUAUAUGUUUUUGAAAAAUCAUAUUGUAAUUCUUUUGUACAAAAAAAGUAGUAUUCUAGAAGAAAUAUUGAAUGCUUAAUUUAUAAGCGGGCUGAGGCUAUGGGUAUUUUCCCACCAUUGUUUUCUUUGAAAAUAAAAGGGGAUCAUCUCUUCAGUUGCGGGACUUAGGAACUUUGACAGAUUAUUUUGUGGACCAAUAUUUUGGGAAAGCAAAGGCAGGGCAAUGCAGGUCUUUGAUCUCAUCCUUGCUUAUACCAGCAAGAUCCACCUCUGAAAAGAGAAGUUGCAUUUUGCAAAUUUUGUCAAAUAUCGUAUCCAUUGCUUUAGCUUCCGUAAUCUCAGGACUUGGUUUAAAGUGUAUUUGGGGGGAAAAUGAGCAAAAAUCCAAUAAGUUUCCAUAAAUAAAUACCAUCCAGAAAAUAUUUGCUGUUGGGUAAUGCAUAGAACAAUGUGGAAUUUUGUUAUUUUAUUUGGUCCAUGAUUUGGAAGUUUCUGUUUUGGUGUUUUUUGGGGGGAGAUCCCUUCCAGUCUAACAUAAUUCCAUUUAGAAGGCUGUCCAGCAACUAGCAUGUUUCCAUUCAUAGGAAGAGUUCUGUAUGUAGUUCAUGAAACAGAGCAGUAAUAUUUUUUUAAAAAUCUCAAGGCUUCCUUUUAUUCCAUGUCAGGAAACAAUUCUAACCUUCCUGUCUUUACAGUUGAAAGCACAGAAAAGACAACCUUUUGAAAUCAUGUGAUGUUACACCGUUGAAAUUUCCUUACCUGUUUUAGGUUGCUUGCUCAGAUUUUUGUUGUUGCUACACUGUAAAUACUUUUGGGGUACAUGUUUUUGUUUUGUUUUGCUUUUUUUCAUUUUGCCCUUGUUACAGUAAAAUUUUAGAUAUGAACACCUUCCCCUAAAAAGCACCGGUAUGUUACAUUCUGGUAUCAUGAUCCCACAAUGUGUUACCUUUUAAUCCUGUUUUUCAUUGUUUUCAUGUGUACAGCAGUAUUUUUAAUAAAGAAUUCCAGAAAUAACAUAGACGUCUUUUGAAAUGUGAA